UACUCAAGACGUCAUUUAAAUCUUUUGGUAGGGUCCUGGUUAUGACCAGCGGCCAAGUAUUUACAAGGACAAUGAAUGUGUGAUAUCUAUCGGAUUACUGAAAUUCGUUUGACCAACUUUUACUUAAAUCUAAUACUUUCGAAAUCUGGGAAUCGUUCUGACAAUAAAAAGUGAGCACGACGGUGUCCCCAGGAUCCGGUGCCGUGUCAGAGAGAGAAGGCUACUCUUCCCCGUCGCCGAGUUCGGGCUGCGGCUACUCUUCCCCAUCGCUGAGUUCGGGCUGCGGCUACUCUUCCCCGUCGCCGAGUUCGGGCUGCGGCUAAGCUAUGUCAGCUGUCGCGUUCCUUAAACUGGCCAGGUCUGGUGGGCCCCACGUGCGACGACGGGCGCUGUUGACCACCGGGGGCCCGAAAGCGCACCGCCGCCUCUUCCACUGCCUCUUCUCGCCCCGGCGGAGCAACUCCCGCUUCGACCCGGACGGGAGCGGAAAGCCCACCACCUGGGACAGCUUCGGGAUCUGGGACAACCGCAUCGACGAGCCCAUCCUGCUCCCGCCCAGCAUCAAGUACGGCAUGCCCAUCCCCAAAGUCAGCCUGUCCAACGUGGGAUGUGCCUCUCUGAUUGGCCAGCGCAAGGAGAACGAGGACCGCCUGCAGGUCUCCCAGAUGACCGCCAACAUCCUGUACUUCGCCGUGUUCGAUGGGCACGGGGGGCCACAGGCCGCGGACUUCUGUGACAAAUACAUGGAGAAGUACAUCAAAGAUCUGGUAGCAGAGCAAGAAGAUUUGGAGCUGGUUUUAGCGGAAGCAUUCCUGGAAAUAGACAAAGCCCUGGCGAGGCAUUUCCACUUUUCUGGCAAUGCCUCGCUCCAGAGCUCUGGCACCACCGCCACCGUGGCGCUGCUGAGGGACGGCAUCGAGCUGGUGGUGGGCAGCGUAGGGGACAGCCGCGCCCUGCUCUGCCGCAAGGGGAAGGCCUUCAAGCUGACCGUGGACCACACCCCGGAGAGGAAGGACGAGAAGCAGAGGAUAAAGAAGAGUGGUGGCUUUGUGACCUGGAACAGCGUCGGCCAGGCAAACGUCAACGGCAGGCUGGCCAUGACGCGGAGCAUCGGAGACUUCGACCUGAAGACCAGCGGGGUCAUAGCCGAACCAGAGACUAAGAGGAUUACCCUGCAUCACGCGCACGACUCCUUCCUGGCCCUGACCACCGACGGGAUCAACUUCAUCAUGAACAGCCAGGAGAUCUGUGAUGUCAUCAACCAGUGCCACGACCCUAAAGAGGCGGCCCAGCUGAUCUCUGAACAGGCCCUGCAGUACGGCUCCGAGGACAACAGCACCAUCAUGGUGGUCCCGUUCGGCGCGUGGGGGAAGCAGAAGAGCUCCGAGGCCAGCUACUCCUUCAGCCGAAGCCUGGUGUCCAGCGGACGCUGGGCCUGAGGGGCGUGCCGCACAGCCGGACCCCACCCAUGUGCAAUAGCUGUGGCGCCCCCUUCAGGACACUGGAGGGAAGCACUACCAUAUGUUCUUCACCAGAUACCAGGAGCCAUACUUUAGGGGAGUAGAUGUAGAAAUGCCUUCAGGCGCCAGUGUACAGUCUGUACAUUAACCGCGGGGGGGAACAGUUCUAGCUAACAUAUACGGUUUCAUCACUAGGUGCUAUUUAGGAAAGUGGCCACAUAAGUUUUUGCGGGAAUCACUUUCCGGAGGUGAAAGUGAGUGUUUUGCAUGUUAUAAUGUGGUUGCUCUCUGGAGGCUGUCUGCCCUGCAAAUGUGUUGGUGAGGAACUUUAAUGCACUUUUCCCCCUGAUAAUGUUGAUCAGUGUGUGAUAUGCUUGGAUACGUAUUACACUGAGCUGUGAUACUUCAGUACCUCGAUAGCGGUGUGAGUGAGUGGCCUGUCUGAGAUGACUGGAUGCUGAAGCAGUUUUAAGGCUUUUUUUUUGUUUUUACUGUGGGAAAGUUGUGAUAUGUUCAUGCUCUGAAGACUGUCCCACAGCGUUGCGCAGGUCAUGGUUUUAAGGCGGUGAAAAUCGGAGUGUUGAUGUUCUGUGUAACACUUUCAUCUCAGAGGUGUUUGGAGAGGAUGGCUUUGUUCCUCUGAAUUCAGGUUUGUCCACCGUGACACGUAAAACCUGCAGGUUGAAUCCAGUUCGGGUUGGCUCAUGUCUGCUUUGGUGAACUCAGGAGGAGAAGCAUCAAGUUGUAAGAUGAGGUCACUUCUACAUGCAUUCCAAAACCUUGUGGGCAGGUAUGCAAGCAAACAAAUUACUUUAUAAAAGCACAUUAAUUACAUGCAAGGUCUGUGUAGACCGAAUGAUUGGAACUUAUUUUAAUGUGGUACCUCACCUGGAGAAUCAAGGACAAUUUGCUGAUGAGGUGAAAUCAUGUAAUGUAAUCUUCACUAAACCAACACUUCUUAAAGAAAAGCACCACAGACAUAUUCUGAUCUUUGUAGAUGUUGUUUAAUAUAAAUUGUACAUAUUACCGUUUAUAUAUUUGGUCUGUUUGGCAAAAUGCUGCUGUUAAAAUGUAUUUAUUGUAUAUACAGUAUAUAACUUGGAAAUAUGAGGUUUUGUGGAUAAUGCUUUGGUUCUCGACUGCAGAGGUAUUCUUAUAUCCUCGGUGUUGUGGAUUUAAUGUUGCUUAAUCAAAGAUUUUCCCUAAAGUGAUUGUCUGUGGCGUCAUGCCUGCUACAUUUUAUAGAACAGUGACAAUUUGCACUUCAUUCAGUAGCCAAACAUGGCUGAAUUGUGUUAUAAACACCCCUGGGUAACAGUGUGGUUUUCUCAUUGAUGCUUCUGAUUGAAAAUGUGGUUGCUUUAAAGUGGCUAAAGUAGCUUUCCUUCAGUACUGUGAUUUGUCGAGUAUUACUGGCAUUGCGUAGGCUGUACGUUUAUAAUCUGCACUGAUACUGUGGAGGCGUCGUCCCACUGCCCUAUGUGACAAUAUAUAACGUGUGAGUGUUGUUAGUCGAGUGGGUUUAUUUUAUUUGUCAGGCACACUGACAGCCAAAUAGUACUGUAUUAUUACUACUUUCUGAAAUAAAAUUAUGUAAUGUGUAAUUUGCUGGGACUGUGUGACUGCAUUAGGCCUGUGUGAAUGGGGGGCUUGCUUUAACCUGCUUAAUCAAAUCGCUUUUUAACGUUAAGGUCUUAUUUUGGUUUGUUUGUCAGAAUUUCUAUUCUGAGACCUUUCUGAUGACAAAUAGGUUAAAAAAAAAAAUAAAAAAAAAACAGAAGAAACUCUGACAUGGAAAAAAUCGAAUAAGUAUGAAAUCGAAUAAGUUUUAUCAUUGAUAGGAAGCAAUUUUAACAGUUUUAUCUGCUAUUUUUCACUAAAUAAUUACCUAGAUGUUAAGCCCUUUUUUCCUGUUAUAAUUUGUUCAAAAUCAACUCCUAAUGGUACUGGGGGGGAAAUACUCAAACUUUUAUAAAUUAUGAGUAGUGGACUCCUGAGACAAGCCUAACUGAGCACAUUUCAGCCAUUGAUUAAACACGAUGGCAUUUCAUGUUACUGUGAUGCUGUCACAGAGCUGUGCACCAGCUCCGUGUUCUUCGCUUCAUUUGUCUUCCUGAAGUAGUGAUUGGCAGAGUUCCGUGUGGCUCAUGCUAAUGGACCUGAUGCUAACGGCUGUUAAUUUUAAACAGGUGAACAGAAAGAAUAUGUAGCAGUCUCCCUUUCCAAAAAAAAAAAAAAAAAUAUAUAUACACAUAUAUAUAUUUUUUUUUUUUUUUCAUUCUGAAUAUGUAUGUACAAGUUUGCAUGUGCAUACAUAUGCAUUCAUGAGUUGGAUUAAAUUAAAUUAAAUCCAAUUUAAUUAAUUGAUUUAAUCCGUGAUUGAAAUUAUCAUUGAAUUUUGAACUUUAAACCACGACUGACAUGCCUGCAGUUAUGCAGUUUUGUCCACCAAUGAUGUGGUGUCAGAAAUCACAUGACACACAUUUCCCGUUUAACCUCAUAUAUACUGGUAUGAUUGCGUGGCUGUGAGGCCUGUGUGUGUGUGUGUGUGUGUGUGUGUGUGUGAUGCACUAAGUGCACACAGUGGCAGUGAAGGCAGGUUUAUGUGCUUUACUGUGACGGAUCUUUGCGUUUUUGCCGCCUGUGUUGUGCUGGGCUCUGUGACCUGGGCUGCAGUCUUCGAACUGUAUGCGAGCUCUGCUGACUCAGCGGAAUGUAACUUCCUGUUUCACAGGAACUUCCUGUUUUGUACAUAAUGUAUGGUUGGUUGGUUUACAAGCUCACUGAAUAAAAAAAUCCCCCCAAACUCA